AUGGCUUUGAUGAAGUGGCUCAAAGGAGGCCUUGAAUCUGAAGUUGCUGCUAUUUUCGGAGAGAUCACAAUAUCUGUAGAGUUAGGAAGCUGUUCUAGUACUGAAUGUGAGGAUGUUUAUGUUAAUGAGAAAGAGGCAUACGAGGCUUAUUGUAAUUAUGGCCAAAAUCUUGGCUUUAGUGUUCGUGAGGAUCAUUACAGUUACUGGCCAAAUUCCAGAAAUUUAAAAUCCAAGGACUUUGUUUGUUCAAAAGCUGAUUUCAAGAAGUUGCCUGAUCUUAAUAUUCAAAGGAAAUAUCAAAAAUCAGAUACCCGAGCUGGUUGUCCAGCCAUGAUUAGGUUUACAGUGGAUGAAGUUGGAUAUUGGAAGGUGAAAAAAUUUAUUGAAAAUCACAAUCAUGAUUUGCCUAGGCUAGAAGACCGGCGUCUUCUUAGAUCAUGCAGGAAUGUGUGUGAUGAAAAAGCUUAUGUUCUUAAAGCAAUGACAGAAGCUGGGAUAAGAACCAUUGAUGCAUUUUCCUUCCUUACUUAUGAAGUUCGAGGUGUCGAAAAUAUUGGAUUCACAAGGAGGGAUGCGUACAACUUUAUUCAAAAAAUAAAAAGAGUAAAGAUUGAAUUUGGAGACACUAAUACUUUGAUUGAGUUAUUUAAAGAACGCCAACUUAAUGAUAACAUGUUCGCUUGA